UCUGCACGCGCCGGCCCGCUGCUGCACAAAGCCCACGUCUCCUUCGGGGCAUGCAGGCAAGAGGGGCUCUCGGGCCGAGUCCGGCGCGAUCGCCGGAUGGAAGUUAGCAAAUUCGGGCAACUUGCCGCUACUACCCAGGCGACCUCCCCUCCCCUCCCCCCACACGCCCACACACGCCCCCCGCGCACACACCCCUCUCCCUAUAAAUGCGGGCGGCCGAGCAGCGCGCUGAGUCUCUGCCUCGCGGAGCGCCGGACUGGGAGUCAGACAGACCUGGCUGCGAAUCUCGGCUCCGCCACUUUCUAGCGCUGUGACCUUGGUUUUCAGGUGGCGAAACUGACUGGUCUGGGUAGAGCGCGUCCAAGCCAAGCCGCAGUGCUCUUUGGAUGUUUAGAUUUCUCCUUCUGAGUGACAAAAUAGCAAUCGAGAUGGAGCCAUCCGGACAUCAGCGCCAGCUGGCAGCAUCAUCUCCCGCCAAUUUAUCCAGCUUCUGCCAAGGUUCUGAAAUGCCAACAAUGUCAAGGCCUGCACUCGAUGUCAAGGGUGGCACCUCACCUGCGAAGGAGGAUGCCAACCAAGAGAUGAGCUCCCUGGCGUACUCUAACCUGGGGGUGAAAGAUCGCAAAGCAGUGGCCGUUCUGCACUACCCCGCAGUGGCCUCCGUGGCCUCGAAUGGAACCAAGGCCAGUGGGGCUCCCACUAGUCCCUUGGGAUCUCCAGCUGCGAUAGGCUCUCCUACCUCCAGCACUCCCACUAAAACCCCACCCUUCAACCUGCACCCUGCCCCUCACCUGUUGGCCAGUAUGCAGCUGCAGAAACUUAAUAGCCAGUAUCAUGGGAUGGCCGCGGCUGCCGCCGCCACUCCGGGCCAACCUGGGGAGGCAGGGCCCCUUCCAAACUGGGGCUUCGGGGCUCAGGCAGGAGGGGCGGGGUCACUCUCUCCUCCUACCGGUGCCCAGAGUCCUACCAUCAUUGAUUCGGACCCGGUGGAUGAGGAGGUGCUGAUGUCGCUGGUGGUGGAGCUGGGACUGGACCGAGCCGAUGAGCUUCCGGAGCUGUGGCUGGGGCAGAAUGAGUUUGACUUCACUGCGGACUUUCCAUCUGGCUGCUGAUGCCAGUGUCCGCAAAGAUGGAGGAAUAAAGCCACCAAUUCUGUUGUAAAUAAAAAUAAAAGUUACUUACAAAGAGA